CAGACAUGAACGAGACUCUAGGGCGCGGGUACGCCCGCAUCGAGGCGAUUCGGGCAGCGCGCGGGGAGCCCCUUGCUCCGAUGACGGAGCCUAGCGCUCCGCCCCCGGACAGAUACAACUCCGUUUAUGUGACUCUCUUCGUCGCCGGCGCAGCCUUCUUACUGCCUUUUAACAGCUUCAUCAUGGCAGUGGACUACUUCCAGCACCACUACCCCAACACUACCAUCAUGUUCGACAUGUCGACGGUGUACAUCGCGUCAGCAUGCGUGGCCGUCGUCGCCAACAAUCUGCUGCUAGACCUGUUCACCUACAACACUAGGAUCACUUUUGGUAUCCUAGUAUCGUUAGCGACAAUGCUAUUCGUAGCGGUCUGCAACAUCGGCUGGGACGGGUUCUCGACGAAGGUCUCGUACACCAUCAACCUGGUCGCCAUUGGAGUGGUGGCUUUCGGCUGUACGGUGCAACAAGCCUCGUAUUAUGGGUUCACGGGGUGCCUGCCUCCGCGGUAUACGCAGGCGGUGAUGGCUGGAGAGAGCGCCGCGGGAUUCUGGGUGUCCCUCGACCGAAUCCUGACCAAAUACGGGUUCCGUCAGCCUCGCCGCAGCACAUUUAUGUUCUUCGUGUUCUCCAUACUGAUACUGCUGGGGCACUCCAUGCUGCACCACGUGAUGAUGAGACACCCUCUGGUGCAGUACUACUUGAGGCUGACGAAUGAGUCGCGGCACAAGCGGCGCAUUCAGCUGCACCUCAACCCUACUGAAGACGCUACUCUGAUGGAAAGUGAAGCUGGUGAAGGAAGCUACGGGGUUCUGAAACUGCAAAGUCCAGCAUUGUCGACAAAUGGACAAGCUGAGACAGAAGGCAGCGCCUUCAGCUUCGCCAACCCUGUGUAUUCUCCGACGGGCGCGGCGGGCGCGCAGUCGCCGGCUCCAAGCUCGCCGCCCGCGCUGCGCACGCCGCGGCCCUCCUACAAAGUGGAGGACGUCGUGUUCGAGCCGCCCGAAAGACCCACCUCCUGGAGGGCUUUCAAACGCGGCGUGCUGGCCCGGUGGGCGGUGGCGCGCGCCAUCUACCCUUACAUGGUGUCUAUUGGGCUGGUGUACUUCACCACACUAAGCCUGUACCCCGGCAUCGCGUCUGAAGUGCCGUCCUGCCGGCUCGGAUCCUGGAUGCCGAUUAUCCUCAUGUCGGCUUUCAACUUGUUCGACUUUAUUGGGAAGAUAGCAGCAGCGUGGCCGUACGAGUGGAGCCGCAGCCAGCUGCUGAUGGCCAGCGGCGUGCGGCUGCUGUUGGUACCUUUGUUACUGCUGUGCGCGGCCCCGAGGCACUCCCCGCAUAUCGUUGGAGACGUCUACCCAAUUAUGUUCUCCGUAGUGUUGGGCUUUAGUAACGGCUUAUUUGGCUCAGUGCCGAUGAUAAUGGCACCUUCGCGAGUGGGCAGAGAGCACCGAGAAAUUGCUGGUAACAUGAUGACGUUAUCCUACAACGGCGGGCUGCUGUCAGGUUCGUUAGUGUCAUACCUGCUCCUCAGCAUGCUAGGGCCGCAGGCGGUGUCGCCGUGCCGCCGGAUAUACCCCACGCCGCCUCUGCCUACCCUCCCGCCGGCUACCACCACUAUCGGCAAUAUUACUAACCUUCUAACUGCCUUACAUUAAAUGACCACGCUUCAUCAGAUAAUGUGAGAUCUGAUAAACUAAAAGUACAAUCGCCAGCACUUCAUCUACCAAAAAUUCGAAAUUUUUCACGAUUUGAUCGAUAGACUGAGGUCCCGGUUCUACACGACAAUAGUUCAACAGUUUCAGUAUAGUUCUUGCAACUCACGAA